AUGGCGCCCCUUUUGAAUGGCAUGGCUGCAGGCAUACUGCUAUCGGCUGCAGUCGUCUCCGGUCAGGGAAAUCCCAGACUGGGUGCCAGUCCAAGCUAUCAGGGGUUUAACAACGCCUGCCCCGAGCGAUGUAUUAUCACGGGACCCAAUCCCUCCAAUUGGUCGACCUACCACGAUAUGAAACAGCUCGAAAGGUGUGACCUGCCUCUGUUCUAUGGCUUCAAUAUGUACGAUGAUGUCGAUGAUACCAACUCUUAUCAUCGUAUCCUCGCUUGCUCGGCAUACGGCAAUGACUGGAGAGAAAACUCGCAAGCCCAUUUGCGAAUUUCUCGCCCUGUGACGGAGUAUAAGGUCAACUAUGAGAUUGGCUGGUCGUCACAUUCAGAAGGCACUGAAUCCGAGUACCGCUCCUUGAUCAGACAGAUGCGUGAUUAUAUUGCCCGCGGACAUCUUGAUCCCAGCAAGACAGCUAUGCUAUAUUCUCGCUUUGGUGCCACUUCAGCUGGUAUCUACAUUGGCAACAGUCUACAAAGCAAAGACAUUAGCGAUGUGGCUCUGGAGUCUCUCAUCGACGAUUCCCACGAUUUCGAUGGACGUCGAGACAGCUUGGCUAUGCAGCUUUGUGGACCACACUAUGACUCUCAACACGUCUUUGGAUUUCUGGCUCUGAGAAAUGGCACCUUUAGAUCCAUCCAGUCUGCCUUUGAAUCCUGGUCCAAUGCCGAGUGCCUUGACUUCGAACAAAGCACGAACUUCACGACUAGUGCCCACUUUACAUCUCCCAUGCUGUCUUCCAUCAAGUCAAGAAAUACGACCACAAGCAGCAUGAAAGCCUCUGGUUCACCCCUACCUGCCAAGUCAUCUACGCAGCAAGAGGGGAAUCUGCUAUCUUCCAGGGCGGAGUGCAAGACAGAGAAGGUUCGAGAUGGUGAUAGCUGCGCCGCACUCGCCUCGAGGUGUGGUAUCUCCGGGGCUGACUUCAUUAAGUACAACCCUGCAAAAGGCUUCUGCUCGAAUUUAAAUCCUGGUCAGCACGUUUGCUGCUCCUCUGGUUCACCCCUACCUGCCAAGUCAUCUACGCAGCAAGAGGGGAAUCUGCUAUCUUCCAGGGCGGAGUGCAAGACAGAGAAGGUCCAGGAUGGUGAUAGCUGCGCCGCAAUCGCCUCGAGGUGUGGUAUCUCCGGGGCUGACUUCACUAAGUACAACUCUGCAAAAGGCUUCUGCUCGAAGUUAAAGCCUGGUCAGCACGUUUGCUGCUCCUCUGGUACACUUCCCGACUUCAGCCCAAAGCCCAACAAAGACGGAUCAUGUGCCACAACCACUGUUGGCGAUGGCGAAAGUUGUUCAACGAUUGCUGCGGCCAAUAGUCUUACCGAGAAAGACAUCGAUGGUUUCAAUCAAAAGACUUGGGGAUGGACUGGGUGCAAAAAUAUCUUCAGAGAUUCUGUCAUAUGUGUCAGCAAAGGAUCUCCGCCCAUGCCGGCUGAGGUUUCUGAUGCCCAGUGUGGUCCCCAGGUUCCUGGCACGAAGCCUCCAAAGGAUAUGAACAAGCUUGCCGAUCUCAACCCAUGCCCACUUAAUGCUUGCUGCAACACAUUUGGCCACUGCGGAACCACAGCAGAAUUCUGUACUGAUACUAACACGGGCGCCCCUGGUACUGCUAAAGCCGGCACCAACGGCUGCAUCUCACACUGUGGUAUGAAGAUCGUGAAAGGAAAUGCCCCCAGCGAGUUCCGCAGCAUCGGAUACUACGAAGGCUAUCAGUUCAAACGUGAUUGCUUGUAUCAAGAUGCGUCGCAAAUUGAUCAUUCAAAAUAUACUCACUUGCAUUUUGGUUUUGCCGAUAUCUCCUCCGACUACAAAAUCAGCAUCAACGACAAAUCCACCAACUAUCAGUUCCUUAACUUUAAGCAUAUCUCUGGUCCCAAGAGGAUUGUCAGCUUCGGUGGAUGGGACUUCUCUACCCAAGCAGACACAUACCAGAUUUUACGCCAAGGAACCAACGCGGCUAAUCGCAAGAAGCUUGCCACUAACAUUGCGAACUUCGUGAACGAAAACAACCUUGACGGUGUCGACAUUGAUUGGGAGUACCCAAGUGCACCUGAUAUUCCUGGAACCCCGCCUGGUGACAAGAGCGAAGGAGACAACUAUCUCGCUUUCCUUGUGAUUCUGAAGAAUCUUCUCAAAGACAAGUCUGUUUCAAUUGCUGCUCCUGGCUCAUACUGGUACCUCAAGGGCUUCCCCAUCGCGAAGAUCAGUAAGAUUGUUGACUACAUCGUCUUCAUGACUUAUGAUUUGCACGGACAAUGGGAUGCAGGUAAUCCCAACGCCCAACCAGGUUGCGAUGAUGGAAGCUGUCUGCGAAGCCAUGUCAAUAUGACGGAGACCCGACAAUCUCUUUCCCUAAUCACCAAGGCUGGUGUGGACUCGGGCAAGGUAGUUGUCGGCGUCAGCAGCUACGGAAGAUCUUUCAAAAUGGCCGAUGCAGACUGCGAUGGACCGCUGUGCAAAUUCACCGGAGGCCGGCUGAAUUCCAAUGCCGAUAAGGCAGAGUGCACUGAUACCGCAGGCUACAUCUCAAAUGCGGAGAUCAACCAACUCCUCAAGCACAACUCAUCCCGCGUCAAUAAACAUUAUAUUGACACCCACAGCAACAGCAACAUCAUGGUCUACGACGACACAAAUUGGGUGGCCUACAUGAGCCCCGAAAUCAGGGCUCAGCGAGCCAAGAUGUACGGAUCCCUUGGUAUGGGCGGCACAGUCAACUGGGCCACCGAUUUGGAAGAAUUCAACGACGCACCCGAGGGAUUCGAUAAUUGGCCUGGUAUUAUACUUCAAGCGAAGUCUGGCAUCAUCACUCCACGAGGCGCUGGUAAACGCAGGGGCAACUGGACUAACAAGGGCUGUGACGACGAGUACUACAGGGAGACUCCCUAUUGGUCCCCCAUGACCCGCUGGGAAAAGCUUGGCGCCGCCGAUGCCUGGAGUGAUGUGAUUGCGGAUUGGAAGGCCUACCGAGACAACUCUGACGAAGACGACAUCAAGGAUAAGUUCUCGUCCCAGAUUUUGUACUACCUUGGCAACUUCGAUGGGGCAAAAUGCCAUAGUAUUGAAGCAGACUCCAAUUGCGUGCAGACUCGAAGCUGCUCGGAAUUCGAGGUUGACAAGAAUGACAAGACAGGUGCUGCGGCUGUGCUCAUCUGGAACUCUUUUGUCGCGAUUCAUCAGAUGUAUGCCGAGUUCAAGAGCGCACUUGUGGCUAACGCCGCACUUGUCAUUGACAACACUCUCCCUGAUUUGGAGAACACAUUUGCGCCUGUUCCUCCAAAGAAGGAUGAUUCGUGGUUAAACGCCGUACUAGGUCUGGUCGCCUUGGGUGUGCCAACAGUUGGCGGGAAAUUCUUCGACAGUGUGCUGUCGGAAAUACCUGCGAUGGCCGCCAAGACCGACGCCUCGAAAGAUCACCACAAGUCGGCCUUGAACGCCAUUCUCACCAGUCCUGUCACGCUUGCAAUGAAUCUGAAAAGCGAUCCGGACGUAGAUGACUGGACACCCGAAAAGCAAGCCGAAUUCUCCAAGUACAUGGGUCAGAGUCUUAAAGCUUGGGAACAAAUUUUCACAACGGAUCUCAAAGAUCUGUUCGACGGCACUGACAAGUCCAUUGAAAGACUCACCACCAUGAUAGCGGACGGACGCCUGCUCGACGGCGUUGCGGAAGACCGCCCCUACCCGAAAAAGACAAAGCGCAAGGAUAAGGAGGUCGAAGCAACAGAUGCUCAGAAGAAGUCGGUGGAAGAUAGUUUCCUAACUACCUUUUGGGCAUACUCCAUUCCCGCUGUUUGGCAGGCCUCGGGUCAUCAUCCUUUCAUCAUUGACACAGGUCGAGACUGCGAUGAUAAGGAUGGUGACAAGUAUACCAAGGGCUUGAAGUCUGCGUGUUAUGAAGAGAGGCUGUACCAAUUGGCGGAUCCUGAUGGCAAAUCGCACCCUUGCUCAAAGAACUGCGGAAUUCCGGGAGGCUGCAAAUGCCCCGACAGUGCAUUCUCUUCGCCCGCAGGUGUUGAUGAGCUUGAUGGCAAGGCCUGGAGUGGACUCAAGGUCGACGAUAUCAUUAUUGGAUCUGUCAAAACAUACAAGCAGAACGGCAACGAGAACGGCGGAGCCAGCGCGAAUCCAAAAGACUCAGGCACAUUUGGUGCCCUCAAGAAGUUGGACAUCACGACUCCUGGAUUCAUGCGUCUUCCCGUGUGCAGUGAGACUCUGGCCCGCAAAUCAUGGGAAAAUGCCGACAAGACAGAUGCCACAAGACAUAAGGAUGGCUUCCCAUGCAACAACGACAAUGGCAAGUCGUACUGCACCACAUCGAAAACAACCUAUGUCGAAGAGACUACGAGUGGAUCGCCACUUAUCGAUGAUUGCCUGGUCAUUGUCAAGAACAUCCAAGGAACAAGUGGGUCAUGGAUCAAGCCGAUCGAGAGGCAGUUCGGAAUUCUCAAUUAUGGAACUUGUACUUUCGGCAUUGAGGGCAAGGGUCGUAAAGGAAAUGUCGACGAAUAUGUCGGGGCCCAGGACGUCGUCGAUAUUAUCCGAUACACUUCGAAGCACUGGGGCCACGGAACUGAUAAAAUGCAGGGCAAGGGAGUCAUGCAGUGCGAUGGUAACAUCAAGAAGCAGGAGGUGCACUGGGCUAUAUACAAAAAAUAG